GAAAACAGCAAGGAGCAACACCCACAGAGCUUUUAAUUUUGUAAUUUUUCUUGAGAAUCUUAUCUGAAAUUACUUAACCGCAUAAGCAAACAACAGGCACAAAUGACGAACCAGGCAUCUCCCGUUGAGGAGCAGGAAAAGCUUCUCGAAGAAGCUUUGAAUGUUGUAAAAGUGCAGUCCUCAACUUACGUUGUUUCAAGUUACGUCGAACAAUGUUUUGAUGCUAUUCGUCAAGCAUAUGUCAGUUGUUUCGAUGUCCGCGGAGCCGGCGUCCGUGGGGAUGUCUCGAUCUACGUCGCUUCACUUUACCUCGCGUAUUUCGCGAACCUAACAUGCCACAUGGCAAUAACUGAUGAACUGCGUCACCUGGAGUUGUAUCUCCUGGAGGAGUUCCAGAAAGGACGCAAGGUUGCCGAUUUGUAUGAGCUUGUGCAGUAUGCUGGCAACAUUGUGCCGAGGCUCUACCUACUCAUCACUGUGGGUUUGGUGUACAUCAAAACCAAUUCCAACUUGAGGAGAGAUCUGCUAAAAGAUCUGGUAGAAAUGUGCCGAGGAGUUCAACAUCCUCUCCGUGGGCUGUUCCUUAGAAACUAUCUGCUGCAAUGCACCAGGAAUGUUUUACCUGAUACAGCAGAGGCACAGAACGAAAACGAGGGCACUGUGAGAGAUGCUAUCGAUUUUGUUCUCAUGAAUUUUGCUGAAAUGAAUAAACUUUGGGUUAGAAUGCAGCAUCAGGGACACUCUAGAGACAAAGAACGUCGCGAACGCGAGCGUUCCGAGCUUCGUAUCCUAGUGGGAACGAAUCUAGUGCGAUUAUCCCAGUUGGAGACUGUGACCGUGGACGAUUAUAGGAGGCUGGUGUUGCCAGGUAUACUGGAGCAGGUCGUCAGCUGCAGGGAUGCCAUAGCGCAGGAAUACUUAAUGGAGUGCAUUAUACAGGUGUUCCCAGACGAAUUCCACUUGGCUAAUCUUCAGCCCUUCCUAAAAUCGUGUGCCGAGUUACAGCCCGGCGUCAAUAUCAAGAACAUUAUCAUCGCGCUCAUAGAAAGACUCGCCACUUACAGCCAGCGCAAUGAAGGAAACAUUAACCUAAGCGUAGUGAUGGAGGAUGGUAAGGAACAAGAGGUCCAGCUGUUUGAAGUGUUUUCCGACCAAGUAGCUGCCAUAACACAGAGUCGAACAGACAUGCCCCCAGAGGAUAUGUUGAGCUUACAGUUGGCACUAUUGAAACUGGCUCAGCGUUGCCACCCUGACAAACUUAACUAUGUGGAUCGCGUGUUGGCUCACACUGACAAGAUUUGUGCAGAUAUACAUCAGAGCAGCGGCAAAACUCACCUGGAACACAACACACUCGUCUUCAAAGAGCUAAUGAAGAUAUUAAAGUUGCCCGCUGACCAUUACAAGAAUAUCUUGACGUUGAUAAAGCUACAGAACUACUCGCAGCUGAUCAAACAUCUCAACUACCCAGGAAGAACUAUGAUAGCAGUGCACCUCAUAAACGAUGUAUUGGAGUCGGACACUAUGAUAUCUACGCCGGAAAACGUGGAUGCAGUUUUGUCAAUGGUAGAGGUUCUCGUAAAAGACCAACCUGACCAUGAUGCAGAUUCUGAUGAUGUGGAAGAGUUCAUGGAAGAACAAGGACUGCUGGCGCGAUUAAUCCACCAUUUCAAGUCCGAAUCAGCGGAUCAACAGUACCUCAUACUGAGUGCGGCCAGAAAGGCGUUACAAGGUGGCGGGGCUCGUCGCAUACAACACACCUUCCCGCCCAUCAUAUUCCACGCCUACAGACUCGCAUACACUUAUAAAGACUUGAAGGACCAGGACGAAAUGUGGGAGAAGAAAUGUCAGAAGAUAUUCCAGUUUUGCCACCAAACCAUCACAAUGCUCGCAAAGGCAGAAUUAGCUGAACUACCGUUAAGAUUGUAUCUUCAAGGGGCAUUAGCAAUAAGCGAGAUAGGCUUCUCCAAUCACGAGACGAUAGCUUACGAAUAUCUGUCGCAAGCGUUUUCUCUAUACGAAGACGAGAUAUCGGACAGUAAAGCACAGUUGGCAGCUAUCACGCUUAUUAUAGCUACAUUUGAGCAGAUCAACUGCUUCGGUGCUGAAAACGCCGAGCCUAUGCGCACACAAUGUGCAUUAGCGGCUAGCAAACUGCUCAAGAAGCCGGACCAGAGUAGGGCCGUGGCUUUAUGUGCUCAUCUCUUCUGGAAAGGAGCUAAAGAAGGAAAAUUGUGGUCCCUCAACGAUGCCAGUCGAGCGCUAGACUGCUUGAAGAAGGCAGCAAGAGUCGCUCAACAAUGUAUGGAUGGAGGUGUCCAAGCUCAACUAUUGGCCGAACUGUUGGGCAGAUACGCGCUGCUGAGGGAGCGAGGAAAUACAGCACUAACGACAGCCCUUAUAGAAGCAGUAAUACAGAAGAUUCGCGAAGAGUUGGCUAACCUGGACCAGUCCGAAGAAGUGGAGCAAAUCACUAAACACUUUCAUAACACUCUCCAGCAUAUCAAGAACAGAAUGGAAUGCCCCGACCCUGAGGGUUUAGGCUACGAAGGGCUGGUGCUGUCUUAACUUUGCUAGUUGAGGUAUAGCGAAUCGAAAACGGCGAUGCAAGAUAUUCUGUCUCUCUCGCACAGACAUAGACAACGGAGUGAGCGUUGUAGCAUAAUUGGAAUAUACAGUAAAAGUAUUUUUUUUACCUUGGAGGUAUCCAACAUUUAGAUUUUCAACUGGCAUUUCUUUGGGUGUAAUGGCUUACCAUUAGCGGAUUAUAAUAACUCAUAAAGAAAAAGCUAUGACCGUUCGCUGCUCUAAUUCAAAGUAAAAUUGUGUAGAUAAGUGUAAAAGAGACGAAGCUA